AUGGCUCGCCUCUCGAAUCCGUUCGCUUUCACGCCGCUACCCGUCAUCUUCGUGGUGACGGGCACUUACAUCGCAUUAUUUGCUGCCUUGCUCACGGUCCACCUUACCUUGCCGGAUGUUCCUCAUACUACCCCGGCCGGCACAAAUCUGACGCAGGCCUGGAUCGACUUGGAGCACAUCACACGGAGACACCAUCCGUACAACAGCCAUGCCAACGAUGACGUACGAAAGUAUCUCCUGUCACGCGUCGAGGACAUCGUAACAUCCCGGAACCUUGGCAGCGACCGCGUUGAGAUCAUUGACGACAAUGUAUCGAAUGCAACGUUUUCAGCUGGCAACACUACUGUUUAUUUCGAAGGAACAAAUAUCAUCGUCGCCGUUCGAGGAUCGAAGGAUGAAGAAGCAUUUUACGAGCCUAACGGGGACCCGUUGUCAAGUACGCGUGCAUCAACAAAUGGUGGUGUGCUUGUCAACGCCCACUAUGACUCCGUCAGUACCGGUUACGGGGCGACCGAUGAUGGAGUGGGCGUUGUGACUGUAUUACAGCUACUUUCCUAUUUUACCGAGCCCGAGAACUGGCCGCGCCGAACAGUUGUUCUACUUCUGAACAACGGCGAGGAGGAUUUCUUAAACGGAGCCAAGGCCUUCAUGCGCCACCCCAUUUCUCAGCUUCCGCAUACUUUCCUCAAUCUUGAGGGCGCAGGAGCUGGCGGUCGGGCGACGCUGUUCCGGAGCACAGACACAGAAGUCACAAGCUUCUACAAGGCUGCCAAACAUCCUUUCGGCACUGUUGUCAGCGGCGAUGGGUUCAAGCAGGGCUUCAUCCGAAGCCAGACCGAUUAUGUUGUUUUCAAUGGGGAGCUUGGACUCCGCGGGCUAGAUGUAGCCUUUAUGGAACCACGGGCGCGCUACCAUACAAUCGAGGAUUCGAUGCGGGAGACGUCGUUGAAUUCCCUCUGGCAUAUGCUGUCUGCUUCCGUUGCUACAGCGUCAGGACUGGCCUCGGACACCAGCGACCGGUUCAGCGGCUCAGACGAGGAACGUCAAAAGGGCAAGGUCAACGCUGGGAGCGGCACUGAUGCCGUUUGGUUCGAUCUCUUCGGGAAAACAUUUGUGCUGUUGCAACUGCACACUUUGUUUGCCCUUUGCGUUACGUUGCUCGUAGUUGCUCCUGUCACUUUGAUUGGACUGACUGUAGCACUUUCAAAGACUGAUAAGAACUAUAUGCUUGCGCGCAAGGAAUACGUGCAUUCAUCUGACGAUGAUGAGCCGGUGCGUCUGUACGGCUGGCGUGGCUUCUUCCGGUUUCCCGUGAGCUUUGUUGUGGCUACGUCGAUUGUAAUUGGGCUGGCUUAUCUUCUCCAGAGGGUCAAUCCCUAUAUCGUCUACAGCAGCCCGUACGCAGUUUGGAGCAUGAUGUUCUCUGCAUGGUUUUUCUUUGCCUGGUUCGUCCUUCGUGGGGCGAGUGCAAUGCGUCCAUCAGCACUCCAGCGCCACUAUACACUGCUAUGGCAGUUCAUUGGCACUUUCAUCGCUCUUAUGCUCGUCACCAUUCUCGCCCAUAAUUUCCACCUCGCAGGUGGCUACUAUGUGAUGUUCGCCUUCGCCGGGACAUUCUUCGCGCUGCUCAUUUCCUACGUUGAGCUGUUUUUCCUCCCGAAAAAGUCUGCCUACGCAGUUCAUUUCGACCAGACUAUAGAAACGUCUCACGAUCAGGAACCAAGCAGUCGGCCGCUGUCUGGCACCACCAACGGUACCCGAUCGGAAGAACGACCUGCUGAGGACGACGAUGCCACGGAGACAACGUCGCUCUUGCGCAACGAUCGGACAAGCUUCAGAAGAAAUUAUGGCAGCCGGCGACAAUCUAUCAGCGAUGGCACAGAGACUGAUGAACAUCACGCGCCGGCAGAUCUCGGCCGCCCAUACGAAGGAGAGCAGGAAUGGAGUGGCAAGCUUCCGAGCUGGCUGUGGUUCUUCCAGUUCCUUCUAACAGUGCCUAUGACUCUGAUUCUCGUUGGCCAGAUCGCACUCAUACUAACCUCAGCCACGUACCAGACUCCAGCAGAUGGCAACUCGACGCUGUUGAUCUAUAUUCUGUUCGCGGUUCUGACAGCUAUCCUUGCUGUUCCCGCGGGCCCUUUCCUUCAUCGCUUCACGUACCAUAUCCCGACUUUCCUAUUCCUCACUUGCAUAGGCACGGUCAUCUACAACCUUGUCGCAUUUCCAUUCUCUCGCGAUCACAAAUUGAAGGUUUAUUUCCAGCAGCAGAUCGAUCUCGACACUGGAGCGAAUACGGUGUCGCUCACUGGUGUCGAUGGUUACGUGCAGGACAUCAUCAAGGAGAUACCCAGUGCGCAGGGCAAGGAUCUGGGAUGCACGACUCCUGACGUUGCGACUCGAAAGGAGCUGACCAAAUGCUCGUGGGCUGGGUUGCCGGCCAAUGUUGUGCCCACCUUGUCGCCAUACGGCAACAACACCACACCCAAGUCCUGGCUGGACUACGAGGUGCAAAAAAGCAACAACUCCAAUGAGGCCACAAUUCGUGUCGUGGGGCAAAACUCGCGGGCCUGCAAGUUAAUCUUCGACACCCCCGUCGUUGAUUUGGCGGUCGCUGGCGUUGGCGCGGUUUCAGAUCCCCGCUUCAAUGUGACCGGCCAGCAUGGGACCCGCGAGCUCCGCCUGUGGCAUCGCGAAUGGUCACAGCCCUGGAACGUUAGCGUGUCUUGGAGCGACGACGCGAAUGUGACGUUUUCUGGACGAGUCGUAUGUCUGUGGUCCGAUGCGAAUGCAGGCGAUAUUCCGGCGUUCGAUGAGGUGCAGCACUAUCUGCCUGUAUGGGCCAUCGCGACAAAGAUUGCCGAUGGACUGGUCGAAGGGUCCAAACGUUUCAAGCUGUAAAAGGCCAUCCUGCUCGCCCAAGGCCUCUGUGGUCAAUGCUGCAUGUGUCUCCUUUUUCCUUUGCUGCGAUAUCCUUUCCGGCUGCAUAUAAGCAGGGCGUCUGGUAAUGCGUACUCGACACGUCUCCUUCAUGUUCGUUGCGGCACCGUCAUCUCAUUCUUGUUCUUCCAUUCCUUGAUCACCAUUUUUCCUUGCGCAUGUUCAUAUUCGUCGCGGUUCAUCAUAGCAUAUUGUUGCGCCUGUAGGCCUCCAAUGACAUCGCCUUUUUCACGACCGAUUUCGCAUCACGCCGCACACG